AUGAAGAAAGCAGAGCUGAUUUUUGUUCCAGGCCCUGGAAUUGGUCACUUAGCAUCAGGUCUUGAAUUAGCAAACCGCCUGCUCGACCAUGAUGAUCGUAUAUCUAUCACUAUACUUGUCAUGAAUCUACGUCUCAGUCCAUCUGUUGGUGCAAACGCCAGAUCAGUCACUGCUUCGCAACCCCGACUCGAACUCGUUGACCUUCCCGAAGUGGAUCCUCCACCAUUGGAGCUUUUAAUGAAAUCCCCUGAAGCUUAUAUCUGUGCCUUCAUUGAAAGUUACAUACCCCAUGUCAAAACUACUGUCACGAAUAUUGUAUCAUCCUUGUCUAGCUCGGAUUCUGUUCGAGUUGCCGGGCUCAUUCUUGAUUUCUUCUGCGUGUCGAUGAUUGACAUUGCAAGUGAAUUCAGUCUCCCUUCUUAUAUUUUUGUAACCUCCAAUGCAGGAUUCUUGGGUUUUUUGCAGUACCUGUCCAAACGCCAUCGCGAAAACAGCUCGGUCAUGAUAGAGUCUGAUCCUGAUUCGUCAAUACCAGGUUUCUUCAAUUCUGUUCCUGCAGGAGUCUUGCCUGAGGCUCUAUUUAACAAAGAUGGUUACGCAGCUGAUGUUAAGAUUGCUCGAAGGUUUGAGGAUAGCAAAGGCAUAAUCGUGAACACAUUUGCAGAGCUCGAGCCUUUUGCGAUUAGGUCCUUCUCCGAGGAUCACCAAAUCCCUCCAGUCUUCCCUGUUGGACCAGUGCUACACCUGAAGAGCCAGCCUCACCCUGAUCUAAACCAAGAUCAAUCGGACAAAAUCAUGAACUGGCUCGAUGAACAGCCUCAAUCAUCCGUGGUGUUUCUAUGCUUCGGAAGCAUUGGGACCUUUAGCCCCCCUCAAGUGAAAGAAAUAGCGCUUGGCAUCGAGCAAAGUGGGUUCAAAUUCUUGUGGUCCAUGCGUUUUCCGCAUCCACAAUCGAGCCAGUCCACGAGCCCUGAAGAGGUGUUACCAGAAGGAUUCUUGGAAAGAACAGAAAGACAAGGAAUGAUCUGUGGAUGGGCACCGCAGGUUGAGGUCCUAGCUCACAAGGCGACAGGAGGGUUCGUGUCUCACUGUGGGUGGAACUCCAUCUUGGAGAGCUUGUGGUUUGGUGUUCCUGUUGCCACCUUGCCUAUAUAUGCUGAACAGCAGCUUAAUGCGUUCAGGAUGGUGAAGGAAUUGGGACUAUCGGUGGAGCUGAAAUUGGAUUAUAAAAAAGGUGGUGAUCUUGUGACGGCAGAUGAGAUAGCAAGAGCCGUGAUAUCUGUAAUGCGAAGUGAUAGCGAAGUGAGGAAGAAGGUGAAGGAAAUGGGGGAGACGGCCAGGAAGGCUGUGAUGGAUGGUGGAUCUUCUUUCACUUCUAUAACAAAACUCAUUCAGGUUGUAACAGGAAACAGCUGA